AUGGUGGUGUCGCCUAUGCUUCCAGCUCCCUGCGGGUUCACGGAGUGCAGCCAGCCAGACCUGGCUCGUCGUCGGCGCCUGUGCUUCAGCCGUCACUACAGUGUGCACUGCUCACCUGGCAGCGCCAUCUCCGUCAGCCAGGCAGCUCUCAGCGCUGAGAUCCACCACCAGCUACUCAGCCAGCUCUCACCCACUGGGUGGCACCGCGCUGUGCUCACCCGCUGCCCUGGCCAGGGCCAUGAGCUGCUGGAGGUGUGGGACAGCACCGGCCGCAGCCGCAGUGUGGACCUCACGGCGCUGGGGAAGCAUGGAGAAGCCUAUACGGAGGGCCCCUUUGCUUGCCUGGCUUGGUCCCACUCAGAGACACGGCUGCUCUACGUGGCUGAGAGGAGCCAGCCCAGGUCACGGCCCCUCUUUUGCUGGGAUAGUGCAAGAGCCGUAGGGCCGGUGGAGGAGGAAGAGGAGGAGAAGGGUGAGCAGUUCCUAUACCAUGAGGACUGGGGGGAGGCACUGAGCACCCGCAGCAUGCCCGUCCUCUGCGUGCUGGACAUCAAGGAGAGCAGCAUUACUGUGCUGGAGGGUGUCCCGGAGGAUGUCUCUCCUGGGCAGGCCCUGUGGUCCCCCGAUGACAGUGGCGUGGUGUUCGUGGGCUGGUGGCAUGUGCCCUUCCGGCUGGGGCUGAGCGCUUGCUCCAACAGGAGGUCGAGUAUUUUCUACUUGGGUCUGUACAGCAGGCACUGUGAGCUGCUGUCUGCUGAGCACCGUGCCGCCUGCUCCCCACGGCUCAGCCCUGAUGGCCAGUGCCUGCUGUACCUGGAGGGGGCGGGGGGUCCCCACGGGCAGUGCCUGCGGCUGCGCAUGCUCACCUGGCACACGAGGCUGAUAGUGACGGUGCUCGACAUGGUCCAGGAGCCCACGAACGGUGAGGGCUGCAUGCACCCUGCUCCAUUCACGGCCUUCACUGGCAUCUACGCGGACGUGCUGCCACCGCAGUGCUGGGCAGCUGACAGCCAGAGAGCCCUGCUCAGCACCCCGCAGCGGAGCCGCACGGACCUGCUGCUCGUGGACACGGAGGCGGCCACCGUGACGAACCUCACCGCAGGCUUGCCUGAAGGGUGCUGGGUGUUGCUCACCACCCGCUGGGACCUACUCGUGGCCACCUGCUCAGCCCCACACCAGCCACCCAGUCUGGAGACCAGCAGGGGCCCAGGGCUGAUCCUGUUCCCUCCUGCCGGCAGCCUGCUCUGGUACCCGGAGGGAGACCAUGCGCUGGCCAGCGUGGAGACGGAGGCUGACGUCUUCGGGAACUGCACCCACUGGAUCGCCCAACACCUGGGGCAGCCCUGCCGGGACACCCCAAGCCAGCACAGCCCUUAG